AUGGCGCGGCAUAGAAACGUCUGUGAUGCUCCGAAACCGGCUGUUCCGGAGGAAAAACCCACUCGAAGAUUGAAAGCCGAGAAACAAGUGCUCGAUUCAGCGCCAAUCGAAGCUCCAGCUCCUCCCGCACCACCUCCGGAGCCAUCACCAACGCCACCACCACCAGCACCACCUGCGGAACCUAUUGCAUCAACUCCCCCAAAGAGAAUCGGGAAUUCAUCCACCAGGAAACGGAAAAUGAAAGAC